UUUCAAUCAUCCGAGGGAGGAAAGAUCCCUCCUAGUCCUGGUGGACCUGAUCUCCAACCAAAAAGCCCUAAAAGAUCUUUAGAUUCCGUCAUUAAAAUACCUUCCCUAUUGAAUUCUCGAAUCGAAUCCACAAUCCCGAGAUUUUUUCCUCUGCAAAAAACCGUCCAGGAUUCGACCCCAAGCAUCGAAUUCGUGAGCCGAGGGGGAGAUCCCGGGGAAUGGACUCCCUGGAGACAUAGAGCAUCGGAUUCGCGCUUUGUUGUGGUGAGGUUUUGUAUUUUGGGGCGCAAAGUUUUGAUUUUUGAGGUGCUGGGAGGGCCAUGGCGGUGCACUUGGGGUCGGUGCCGAUCAAACUUGGGGUCCUCUCGGAGUCUGAUCACAUGUCGGUGGCGUCGAUCAAUCUCUUCGUGGCGCUGCUGUGCGCGUGUAUAGUGAUCGGCCACUUGCUGGAGGAGAAUCGGUGGAUGAACGAGUCCAUCACUGCCCUUCUUAUCGGGCUGGGCACUGGAGUGAUUAUUCUUCUAACUACUAAAGGAAAGAGUUCGCAUCUUCGAGUCUUCAGUGAAGAACUCUUCUUCAUAUACUUGCUUCCGCCAAUUAUUUUCAAUGCUGGGUUUCAAGUAAAAAAGAAACGGUUCUUCCGCAACUUCAUGACAAUUAUGCUGUUUGGUGCAGUUGGAACACUGAUCUCCUUUAUUAUUAUUUCACUUGGAGCAAUAGGAAUAAUUAAAAAAAUGGAUAUAGGUGUUCUGGAAAUUGGAGAUUAUCUUGCAGUUGGAGCGAUCUUUUCUGCAACAGAUUCUGUUUGCACCUUGCAGGUUCUCAGUCAGGAUGAGACGCCUUUACUUUAUAGCCUGGUUUUUGGCGAAGGUGUUGUAAAUGAUGCCACUUCAAUAGUGCUUUUUAAUGCAAUCCAAAACUUUGAUCUAGGAAAUAUUGAUGCUGUUACUGUUUUGAAGUUUGUUGCAAACUUCUUUUCUCUAUUCUUUACCAGCACUUUUCUUGGAGCAUUUGCUGGAUUGUUUAGUGCUUAUAUCAUCAAAAAGUUGUAUUUUGGCAGACAUUCUACUGAUCGUGAAGUUGCAAUUAUGAUACUUAUGGCUUACCUUUCCUAUAUGCUGGCAGAACUAUUAGAUUUAAGCGGUAUUCUAACAGUGUUCUUCUGCGGAAUAGUAAUGUCGCACUAUACUUGGCAUAAUGUGACAGAAAGUUCCAGAGUUACCACCACGCAUGCCUUUGCAACAUCGUCAUUUAUUGCAGAGAUUUUUCUCUUUCUUUAUGUUGGCAUGGAUGCAUUAGACAUUGAAAAGUGGAAAGUGGCCAGUAACAGCCCUGGAAAAUCAGUUGCUGUCAGCUCAAUUCUGCUAGGUAUGGUAUUGAUUGGAAGAGCUGCUUUUGUUUUCCCACUAUCUUUUCUUUCCAACUUAAGUAAGAAGUCUCCAAAUGAGAAAAUCACCUUUAAGCAGCAAGUCGUAAUAUGGUGGGCUGGUCUAAUGAGAGGAGCAGUAUCAAUUGCACUUGCAUAUAAUAAGGUUAGAUGUGAUCGUUUACCUACAAAAUCUAAUGUUUCUUUUGUAUGAAAAAGAAGAAUUUGCCUGUUUUUUAGUGUCUCCAUUUGUGGAGUCUUAUGCUUGUAGUUCAAUAUUCAGAGAGGUGAACAUGUUAUAUUAUUGGAUAUGAGUGGUCUGUAGUUUUUUUGUUUGAAAGAACCACUCAGCCUUUUUACGAGUAUCACUGGUUUACAAGAGAAGCAAGCAACUCUUUAAAUUUUCAUGGUUGCUGCAAAGGAAUCUAGAUUGUUGUUUCUUUUGUUUCUUAUGCUUGUAGUUCAAUAUUCAGAGAGAUGAUGAU